AUAUUUGCAUGACGAAGUUGCUGCAGUUGGUGAAAGAAGGUUUUGAAACGAUAAGUCAAGAUGACUGGAGUGCAUACUGCCUCCAUGUGGAGAAACUUGAAAGAGAAUAUUGGGUUAAGGAUGGGGUUAUGGAAGACAUAAUAGACGCUAUAGUUAUUAAUUUAGAAAGUGAUGACGACGAGGACGACGACGACGACGACAGUAAUGAUAGUGACAAUGUUGAUGAUGACCUCUAAAAUACGAUGU